AUGGUAGUCACUAAUCGCAUAUUAAAUAGAAAAUUCAGUUCCCUUAGUCACACUGCUGCUGCUGCUAAGUCGCUUCAGUUGUGUCUGACUCCGGGCGACCCCAUAGACGGCAGCCCACCAGGCUCCUCUGUCCCUGGGAUUCUCCAGGCAAGAACACUAGAGUGGGUUGCCAUUUCCUUCUCCAAUGCAUGCAUGCUAAGUCACUUCAGUCGUGUCCGACUCUGUGCGACCCUAUGGACAGCAGCCCACCAGGCUCCUCUGUCCACAGGAUUCUCCAGGCAAGAAUACUGGAGUGGGUUCUUAGUCACACUAGCCAUGUUUUAA